AUGUUGUUCCAGAAGCUGUGUUUGGCAGCUUUGCUAGCUGUACAGACGACUGCAUUGGCCAUUGGCGGCAAGCCCAAUUUGAUGAUCAAGCCGUACAAGAGGGAGCCGCUGCAGGACAUUGUCACUUGGGAUGAGGUGAGGAAUUCGGCAAGCAUUUGACUCAAUGGAUGGGAAAUGUUCUGACACUUGCCUUUCCCAGCAUUCUCUGUUCGUUCGCGGCGAGCGAGUCCUGUUCUAUUCCGGCGAAUUCCACCCUUUCCGAUUGCCGGUGCCAUCGCUAUGGCUCGAUGUCUUCCAAAAAAUCAAGGCUCUCGGAUAUAAUGGUGUCUCGGUAUACUGGGACUGGGCUCUACUAGAAGGCAAGCAGGGUGAUUUCUCCGCCGAGGGAAUCUUCGCUCUCGAGCCUUUCUUCGAGGCUGCACAGACGGCUGGUAUCUACCUUCUGGCUCGGCCUGGUCCAUACAUCAACGCUGAGGUUUCUGGAGGCGGCUACCCUGGCUGGCUGCAGAGAAACCCAGGACUCCUUCGGACCAGAGAUCAGAGAUACCUGGAUGCGACUAAGAACUAUGUAGACAGCAUCUCGAAGAUUGUUGCCAAGGCUCAGAUCACGAACGGAGGGCCGGUGGUGCUGCUUCAACCAGAGAAUGAAUACUCGCAGGCUAUCAGUGGCUAUGAUCUCUUCCCGGAUCCAGAGUACUUUGGCUAUGUCGAGGAACAGUACCGAAAUAACAGCAUCGUUGUGCCUCUCAUCAGCAACGAUGCUUAUCCGCAUGGAUACUUUGCGACGGGUCCUCCACGCCAGCCAGCUGCUGUUGAUAUCUACGGUCACGAUGGAUACCCACUUGGGUAUGAUUGGAGGAGCUAGAAGCCAUGGAUAGAAGCUAGCUAAUCUCUCACAGCUUUGAUUGUGCCAAUCCCUAUACGUGGCCUGAAGGAGACCUGCCCAUCUAUUACGGCUUCUUGCAUCAAGAGCAGAGUUCAAGCACUCCGUACUCCAUCGUUGAAUUCCAAGGUGGUAGCUUCGACCCAUGGGGUGGUCUCGGAUUUGCGCAGUGCGCUACACUUCUUGGGCCGGAGUUCGAACGAGUGUUCUACAAGAACGAUUUCAGCUUUGGCGUCACGAUCUUCAACAUCUACAUGACAUACGGAGGAACCAAUUGGGGUAUGGCUUUGAAUCUGGACACUCAAGCGUCUUGCUAACGGGCGAAUAGGCAAUCUGGGACACCCCGGCGGAUACACCAGCUACGACUACGGCGCCGUGAUCACCGAAGAGCGCACCGUGGACCGCGAAAAGUACAGCGAAGCCAAGCUGCUUGCAAAUUUCUUGCAGUCCUCGCCCGCCUACCUCACGGCCGAGACUCAAAACAAGAACAACGCGAGCAGCGUGAAUGGCUCGUACACUGGCAACAGCGCAGUUGCUACGACAGCACUUGUUGGCAACGUCACCAACUUCUUCGUUGUCCGCCAUUCUGUAUACAACACUUACGACACUACGCCGUACUCUAUCACCUUCCCCACCAGCAAGGGCAACAUAACAGUACCUCAACUUGGCGGCAGCCUUUCACUGCACGGCCGCGACUCCAAGGUCUUUGUUACAGAUUACGAUGCCAGUGGGGUUCACCUCCUCUACUCCACUGCAGAGAUCUUCACGCACAAGAAGUACGGAAACAAGAAGGUGAUCGUUGCAUACAGUGGUCCCGGAGAGAUAAACGAGCUUGCUCUUACCGGCUGCGGCCAAGGUAAAGUCAUUGAAGGGCCGGCAGUCAAGUUUGCCAGCAAGAAUGGAGCGACCGUCAUACAGUACGACAGCAGCUCAACUCGAAGGAUUGUGCAGCUGGGUAACGAUGUCGCGAUCUACUUGCUCGAUCGCAACGAUGCGUACAACUACUGGGUGAUCGAUUUACCCAGCGAUGCGAUCACGAAGAACUACACGAACAGCAAGACGUUCAACUCAGCUCCGAUUGUCAAGGCCGGGUAUCUGCUGCGGUCUGUCGAGGUGAAGGAUAGCAGCGUUCACCUCGUCGGAGAUCUCAACGCCACCACGCCCAUCGAAAUCAUCGGAGGAGCUCCUCAGCCUCUCAAGAAGCUUACGUUCAACGGAAAGGACAUUCACUUCAAUCAGUCCCACAAUGGAGUGGUGAGCGCGACCGCCUCGUACAGCGAGCCCAGCUUCUCCGUUCCUGACCUCGCGAGCAUCAAAUGGAAGGUUCUUGACAGUCUUCCAGAAGUGCAGAACGGGUACGACGACAGCCUUUGGACGACAGCCAGUCUGACUUACAGCAACAACACUGCCCGUAAUUUGACCACACCAACUUCUCUCUACUCCAGCGACUACGGCUACCACACCGGCAAUCUACUCUACAGAGGCCAUUUCGAAGCCACGGGUAACGAGAGCAGCCUCUACCUCGCCACGCAAGGUGGUAGCGCCUUCGGACAUUCAGUCUGGCUUGACAGCACAUUUGUCGGAUCUUUUUACGGAGCCGACAAGUACGAGAAUUGGAACACGACUUACAAUCUGCCUUCCACAGUUUCUGGCAAGAGCUACGUGAUCACGGUCCUUAUUGACAAUAAUGGCCUGGACGAGAAUGGUGAGGCGGCGAGCAGUGAGAUGAAGAAUCCUCGCGGUAUUCUUGACUUCAACCUCGCUGGCCAUGCCAAGAAAGAUGUCACCUGGAAGCUUACCGGUAACCUCCACGGUGAGGACUACGAGGAUCGCACCCGUGGACCACUCAAUGAAGGAGGUCUCUACGCCGAGCGACAAGGCUACCAUCUCCCAGGUGCGCCCACUUCAUCUUGGAAAGAUAGCAAAGGACCAGCAGAAGGCAUAUCUGGCCCAGGCGUAGCGUUCUACUCCACCACAUUUGACCUCAAUUUUCCCCAGGGUUAUGAUAUCCCGCUCAGCUUCAGCUUCGCGAACAGUAGCAGCAACACUUCUGCAACGACGCCUAGCUACCGCAGUCAAAUCUACGUCAACGGCUAUCAAUUCGGCAAGUAUAUUCACAACAUUGGCCCGCAGGAUGUCUUUCCGGUUCCGGAGGGUAUCUGGAACUAUCAGGGGAGCAACUAUGUUGCCGUUAGUCUCUGGUCGCUGGAGGAGACAGGUGCCAAGGUCGAUGGAUUGAAGCUGGUGGCGGGCGUGCCUGUCCAGAGCGGAUUUGGACCUAUUGCCCCUGCACCGCAGCCGGCAUGGAAGAAGAGAGCGAGUGCGUAUUGA